UUUUAGCCAGCUAUCUCUGCUCUAUGGUUGCUCACAAUUCGAGCAAUAAAGGGAUGACCAGAUAUGUGUGGAACACGAAAUUCUGGCCGUGGAUACCAAAGGAUGAUGUGACGGUUGAUUUGAGUUCCUUACCAGAAAGCAUCAAGUCCAAAUAUUCCUUAAAGUAUACUCCUUGGCUGUUGUUUCACCCAAGAAGGCCGAGCCUGCCCAGACCCUCGCACUCCACAUUUGAGGACAAAUUGCUCGAUCACACUCUGGUGACCGUGUUGAAACAGCUGUUACUGACCAGCCUAGAGAGAAACAACGUGCUUGCGUCAGACAUCUUGUUUUUAGAAGACUUGGUUCGUGCAAAGGCCAUAUCCUACCUGACCCAAUUCACCGAUAAGUUGCGCUUGGCCAUACAGAAGGAGUUUGACAGGAUUUGCGCCGAUUUUGAUGAGCAGAGAUUUUUUGAUUUUGUGGCUGUGUCUGUUGAGAGCCUGGCUGUCGUGAAAGCCGCGCAGCUCUACAUGAACGCGGCCUGUCGGCCAUCCAGAGGAGAUCGUUGGUGUCGACUGUGUGAUUCCAUAAAGUUUUCGGACAGAAUGGUUUGCUGCAUUUUGUGCGGAGACUCGUUUCAUUCCGACUGCAUCCAGCGCGUACUGACCCGAAUUCCUAACUUUUGUGUAUACCAAAACGCUCUAUUUUGCUGCUCUGGGUGCAACUGUCUUAUUCAAAAAUACGAAAGCCUACAUAUUCGCGUUAAACAAAACAGGCCCUGCAAGUGGUACUCUAUUCUAUUCUCGACGGCGUUCGCGAGACGCCCGUUUUCCAGCCUCUCGGAGCGCAGCUGGACAAAAAUAAGGAAGCAAUACCAACAUCACGAACAGAUGGUCGGUUCCAAAAAGUCUAACUACCUCACGCACAAACCUGUCCAGAGCAAAGAGCACCUGGAGUGCGCGGCGAAGCCCAUCAAGUCACUCCGUCACCCCAAAAUUUGGGACAACCGCUUUCUGGUGACUCAGUGACAGGAAAAAAAAAAAAAAGAAAAUUUUUUUGAAUUGGAAUUCAAAAAAAUCUUUUAUGUAAAUAAAUUCUCUAUUUUCACAUUGCACCGGC